AUGGCGGUCCUAAAUUGGCUUUCUGGCUUCGUGAGCCUUCUGGCUCUGGCCUCACUCUCUUCAGCGCAGACUUGUUGGAGAGAUACCGUUUGUUCCGGUCCCAAAAACAGUGCCUUUACUGGCCCCUGGGAGAAAAACAUUUAUGCGCCGUCAUCGCGAACCGUCAGCCCCAAGAGAGUCCUGUCGGUGUCAACGCCCACCAAGUCCACCAAGUACAACCAAUCCAUCCCGUUCGCUUUGUCUGGGAAUGGCUCGAGCGUUGUUUUCGAUUUUGGGAUCGAGGUCGGCGGCAUUGUCACUCUGGAUUAUUCGUCAUCGGACGAAGGAAUCCUGGGGCUGGCAUUUACGGAGUCCAAAAAAUGGAUCGGAGAAUGGUCCGAUUCGUCGAAUGGCGCCUUCAAAGGCCCCGAUGGCGCGCUAUAUACAUCCUUCUCCAAUCCCGGAAACGAAUCAUACGUCAUGCCCGAUAAGUACCUUCGAGGUGGUUUUCGGUAUUUGACCGUGUUUCUACUCACGGAGGAUGACUCGACCGUCAACAUCGAGGAUGUGCGCUUGGAGAUUGGCUUCCAGCCUACCUGGGCGAACCUGCAAGCCUACCAGGGGUACUUCCAUUCGGAUGACGAGCUCCUCAAUCGGAUCUGGUACAGCGGUGCUUACACCCUGCAAACUAAUGCGGCACCCGUGAAGACAGGCCGUCAGGUUCCCAUGCUUAAAGAAGGCUGGGCUAACAAUGCCACCAUGGGGCCUGGCGACACGAUCAUCAUGGAUGGUGCGAAGCGAGACCGUGCCGUGUGGCCAGGAGAUAUGGGAAUAGCGGUCCCCGCCUCGUUUGUCAGCACGGGGGAUUUGGAGAGCGUGAAGAAUGCUCUGCAGGUGAUGUACGAUACGCAGGCCAGCAAUGGCGCAUUUGACGAAUCCGGCCCACCGCUGAGCCAGAAGAACUCGGACACCUACCACAUGUGGUCGAUGAUUGGAACGUACAACUACUUUCUCUACACGAAUGACACCGACUUUCUUCUAGACAACUGGGAGGGAUAUCAGAAGGCCAUGGACUACGUCUACCAGAAGGUGGACAAUUCUAGCGGUCUGCUGAAUGUGACCGGCACGCGCGAUUGGGCACGCUGGCAGCAGGGAUACAACAACUCCCAGGCGCAGAUGAUUCUGUAUCAUACCUUGACAACAGGUGCGCAAAUCGCUUACUGGGCAGUGAACGCGACACCACUCGCCACCAAAUGGGAAGCUCAGGCCAAGGAUCUACGCAAAGCGAUCAACAAGUAUUGCUGGGACGAUGGGUACGGUGCCUUCAAGGACAACGCGACAAACACGAGCCUCCACCCGCAAGACGCAAACAGCUUGGCACUGCUCUACGGAAUCACCAACAAGGAGCGUGCAGCGAAGAUCUCGAACAGAUUGACCAAGAACUGGACUCCAAUCGGAGCCGUCACGCCGGAGCUACCUGAGAACAUCUCCCCUUUCAUCUCCUCGUUCGAGAUCCAGGGUCACUUUGAAGCCGGCCGCCCCGACCGGGCACUGGAGCUCAUCCGACGCAGCUGGGGAUGGUACCUGAACAACCCUAACGGCACCGAGAGCACGGUGAUCGAGGGAUACCUGGCAGACGGCACAUUCGGGUACCGGUUUGACCGCGGGUACUCGAACGACGAGUCGUACGUGUCGCAUGCACACGGGUGGUCUGCAGGCCCGACUUCAGCAUUAACUAGCUACGUGCUGGGUCUCAGCGUCACGUCGCCACUGGGGCUGACAUGGAAGAUCGCGCCGCAGUUCGGGGAUCUGAAGACGGUGGAAGGCGGGUUCACCACCUCGCUUGGAAAAUUCCAGGUAGCGUGGAAGCGGAAGCCGGAUGAGUACACGCUGCAUUUCUCGGUUCCGGAGGGAACUAGGGGAGAUCUGACUCUGCCAUUUGUCAACCGGGCAGAGAAGCCGUCUAUCACAAUCGAUGGCAAUGAUGUCUCUCGGGGCGUGAACUAUACAGACGGCAUAGCGUCUGUCCGAGUCAGUGGGGGAGGAUCGCACAAGGUCGUGGUGAAUUAA